UGGAGUCGUCUGCAUUUCCUACCCACUGCACCACCAAACAAGUUAGCAGACCUGCGCUCACAGCUACUUAUUAAUCUCAGGAAGCCUGUAUUGCUGUUGAGUGGAACAUGCGAUGCCAUGUGCAGUAGGAAUUUGAUGGAGGAAACAUUAGCCAAGGUGACAGCUAAGCAUACCAUGCACUGGGUACAAGGCGCUGGUCAUGGCUUAGAGAUCGGGUCAAGUGAGGCUAGGAACGACAUGUACCAUACGUUGGUCACCUGGUGCAGUGAAGUCUGCAAGCAGAGCUUGGAAUACAGCUCGGUUGAAUGCAGCCGAAAUUUAGAACGACAAAUGGCAGGCAGAAACACGUUGACACGACUCCGCAAGGCUGCUGGUGGUACUUCCGCACGGAGAACCCACGAGGAUAGGAAGAAGACUGAGAUGGAAACUCAUGCUUCAAAUUCCCCAGUCCUCAAAACAAGAAGGAAGAGAAGAAGAGUCGCGGAUAUCGAAUAGUCAUGGCGGUACGUCCUGGAAAUUCGAAUUAGCACAGGCUGAUUUAAUUAUCAUGUGGCACAGGCAUGCAGACACUUUUCUGUAUAUUAAUUUGGUUUCGUGCACUUACGGAAAUACAUUGUUGGCCAGUAGAAUGUGUGUAUGUUGCAUCUUGAAGGGGCAUAGAAAUUGCUAUCAAAAUUGCGUUAUAUUUGCAGCAGUUCUGAAUUGUAUUGGUUGAGCAAUACGAUUUUGCAAGUGUGAACGUGAAAUGAUUUGGGAAUAAUCCGCUAACCUAAUAUUGUUAUAUGUCUUUAUUCACAGAUUUCCAGAAAUUUUCGUUGCACGGGCUUCUGAUACGAUUCAGAUGUGUGUGUGUGUGUGUGUGUGUGCGUGUGUGCGUGCGUGCGUGCGUGCGUGUGUGUGUGUGUUUUUCAUUGUAUAGGAGCAUGAUAAAAAGUAUUCAUUUUGAUGUUACUGAUAGGCAGCAGUCAUGGCCACAUUACGCCAUUUCGUGAUCUUGACUGUUUUCAAUUCAAAUUUUGCCAAAUAUUACCAGGUUUCAGGAUGCCCCCAAGUAUGUGUGUCUGCGCAAGAUAUAUGGUUCUUAAAGUCGGGGGCAGAGUUGUAAACAGGGCAGAGAUUAGAGCCGGUGGCUGCACUUGGAAUUAUGAAUGUUUUAGGGAAAUCACGGAGAACUAUGAAAAAGCUUACGUAGUGCACGUGUUUGUUUAAUGCCGUGGGAGUUUGGUAGUGACAGCCUACGUAGUGUUUUUACUGAAACUCCUAGCAAUUCAAACGUCAGGGAAUGAAGAUGGAAGUGUUGUUAAACAUUUUCGCUCUUGGAGCGGAGUAAUUGGAUUUAUGUGGUCUGUCUCUUCGUUUCAAAUCGUAAAUUGAAUUGCGAGUUUGUUCGGUUCCCAUUACGUGAUUGCGUUAGUUCGACAGGUUGGCGUAAAUCUAGUUGUUAGGAAUUAGGAAGGAGAAGUGGACGAAGCUACUGAUACAAACAGAUCAUAGAAAUUCCUCGUGUGAGUCUAUAGAGAUCCUAACCUUAUAUAACCAAUAUAGAUCCUAACCUUAUAAUAGCUAGUUGUUUCAUGAUACUUAGUCAAUACUUAGCAAUAUUAGUCAUAACCUUUGUGCGUUUAGCGAAAUUUGGUACCGGCUCGGUAAAAUAUGUCGUGCCCAUCUUUCUCACAAAAAAGGGUAAAUUUUAUACGAUAAAAGUUUGUAAGGGAUAGUUUUUGUGAAUCUAUAAAAGUUGUUUGACUGAGUAUAUUA